CGUGCCGUGCCGUGCCGUAAGCGGCCGUCUCCCUCUGAAUGCGCUUCCUCUCUCCUCUCUGAACGGAGAGACUCUACAGACGCGCAGCGCGGUGGCAGACAGACAAGAAGGGCGCACAGCUCAGAGAGCGUCUCUCCAUCCAUCCCUCUGGUUUAUUAUCACACAGAGGAUCGUACACCUUUCAUUCCGGGGAGGAAGUUGAAUCUAUAGCCGUCACCACCACCACCAGCAUCCCACACUGCAACUUGUCAAGGCAUUUUGUUUCCUGCUGCUACGAUAACAAAAGAAGUCGGAGCGGAGGAGCCAGAGAGCUGGAGAGAGACUAAUUUUGGAUGGCACAGUAAAGACAACCUGAAGGACCUGAAAGCCAUCAUUGGCAUUCGAGUGGCAGCAAGGUCAUCUGGCUACAGGAUGGUUUGUCCUAUUCCUGCCUUUGAAUCGCUGAUGGAGUUCUUGUGAUGGCCAAAGAAAUACUGUAGGACCUUUGAAGAAUGAACUUUCCAAACCACUGGAUUGUUCUGGAGGGGAAAGCCAUCGACGAUCAAACAAAAUCACCAACAGUAAAAUUAGUUGGCCUUUUCUCAGUUCAAGGAUUCCGCUUCAGGAGGCAAAAUUAUUCAUGAGUUUUUCAAGGAACUGGACUACAGGAGAGUUUUCUUCCCAAAAAAAAAGUUUAAUAUAGUAAUUUUUCAAUAGCUAAAUCACCUGAAACACGCACCAACCAUUGGAAGUGACAUGGUUAGAAGUGAAAGCAGAUGCACUGAAGUAGUAAAAACGACAAAUUCAAGAAUGGAAGGACUCCAUCACUCUUCAGGGGCGUUGUAUCCCUGUUUCCCCCUAGUUUCCCCACUGAUCAGUAAGACAAUCCAGUAAAAUCUGUUGUUUUUGUUGCCCUCAAAAAAUUCAGCUUGAACGGCAUUUUCUUUGGAAAAUUGUUUGUUUCACAACUGCUAUAAAAGGUUGGGCAGAUACUUUAAAAGAAUCAGAAUGACUAGCCAUGUUACAAUACAAACAGGUGCUCUGCAGGUGGCAGGAAUCCAAUAUGCUCCAUGACGUGCCCUGCAUUCAGCAGGUAACCUCAGAUUUAUUUGUGAUCUCAUGGAUUAACUUUCAAGUUCUUACACAAAGACCUUUUUAAGUUUGCCCUUGAGGAGUUUUAUUUGGUAUAAAACUACAACCUAAAAACCCUCUUCCUGUCUACAUGCAUCUUCUAUAUCACAUGUAGACCCAGGCUUAAUUGCUCUCUUUUUUUCUUUUCCUAUUUUUUUUUUCAUCAAAAUGGCUUGGACAGCAGGAGCUGGGACACUGUUAGCAGCGUUGGGUUUUCUUAGCUGUUGUGGUUUUGGCUGGUGCGAGGCCUCAAGGACUAGUGGUUCAACCUCAGGAGGGAUCACAGCGGAGGAAGGACCCUCGUCAUUGGAACGAGUGAAGAGAGGAUGGGUGUGGAACCAGUUUUUUGUGGUGGAGGAGUACACGGGCACAGAUCCCCUAUACGUAGGAAAGAUCCAUACAGACUCCGACGAAGGCGAAGGCAACAUCAAGUACACUAUCUCUGGAGAAGGGGCGGGCUCCAUCUUCAUCAUCGACGAGCUAACGGGAGACAUCCACGCCACGGAGAGACUGGACCGAGAACAGAAGGCUUUUUACACACUCAGGGCCCGAGCCCGGGACCGGCUUUCCAACGACCCUCUGGAAUCCGAGUCCGAGUUUGUCAUCAAGGUCCAGGACAUCAACGACAGUGAGCCCAAGUUCUUGGAGGGUCCCUACAUCGGCAGUGUGGCAGAGCUGUCACCCAUAGGAACAUCCGUUAUGAAGGUGACUGCAUCAGAUGCGGACGACCCUACGUACGGCAGCAGCGCCAGAGUGGUGUACAGCGUACUGGAGGGAGAGAAAAUUUUCAGCGUUGACAGACACACAGGGAUCAUCAUGACAGCAGUGGCAGAUUUGGACCGAGAGACACAGGAUCGGUAUGAGUUGGUCGUCAAGGCAACAGACAUGGCAGGACAAAUGGGCGGUCUCUCCGGCUCCACCACGGUGACCAUAGUGAUCACAGACGUUAAUGACAACCCACCGCGCUUCCCACAGAAGAUGUACCAGUUUUCUGUGUCGGAGGGGGCGGCUGUGGGGACGCCGGUUGGACGCGUCAUUGCCACGGAUGCAGACAUGGGAGAGAACACAGACAUGAGCUAUCUGAUCAAAGAGGAAGGGGAGCUCUUCAAGGUCACUACCGAUUCAGAGACACAGGAAGCUAUUGUCUCCAUCAAGAAGCCACUGGACUUCGAGACCAAACGCACGCACAACGUCGUGGUGGAGGCGGUAAAUAAGCAUGUCGACCCUCGCUUCGUGGACCUGGGCUCCUUCCGAGACCAGACCAUUGUCCGCGUCAGCGUGUCGGACAUAGAUGAGCCACCCAUCUUUCAACCAUCAGAGGGCGCCAUCAUGGAGGUGCAGGAGGAUGCCAAUGUAGGAGCGCUGGUUGGCAUCAUCACUGCCAGGGAUCCAGAUGUGAAGAACACACCUGUCAGGUUCUCCAUCGAUCGGACCACAGACCAGGAGAUGAUCUUCCACAUUGAUCCUGACUCGGGUGCCAUCACACUGGGAAAGAUUUUGGACCGAGAGACCGCAGGCUGGCACAAUAUCACUGUGAGGGCUGUAGAAGCAGAGAACCACACCAUGGCGUCCCACUCGGCAGUGAGUAUUCGGAUUCUGGAUGUGAAUGACAAUCCUCCUGAACUGGCUACACCGUACGAAGCCUCCAUAUGUGAAGAUGCCAAACCAGGCCAGCUAAUUCACACCAUCAGUGUGGUGGAUAGAGACGAGCCACAAUCUGGACACCGCUUCUACUUCACCCUGGCGCCCGAAGCCUCCAGCAAUCGACACUUCACCCUGUGGGAUGUGAAAGACAACACAGCUGGCAUCCGGACCCAGCGGUCAGGCUUUAACCGCCAUGAGCAGAAUGUGUACUUCCUGCCUAUCCUGGUGGUCGACAGCGGGCCUCCCUCUCUCAGCUCCACGGGCACCCUGACCAUCCACGUCUGUGGCUGCGACCCAGAGGGAGCCAUCCAGUCCUGCAAUGCCACAGCAUAUGUAAUGAGUGCUGCUCUCAGCCCGGGGGCUCUUAUAGCACUGCUGGUCUGCAUGCUCAUCCUCAUAGUCCUCGUCUUGCUGAUCCUGACCCUGAAACGUCACAGAAAGGGCCAGAGGAUGGCGGAGGAUGAAGAGGACAUGAGGGAUAACGUCAUCAAGUACAACGACGAGGGCGGAGGAGAGCAGGACACUCAGGCAUACGACAUGAGCGCCCUGAGGAACCUCUAUGACUUCCCAGAGGCCAAGAGCUGUGACUCUGGCCCGGACAUCCGCUCACUGCCCCAGUGGAUACAGGCUAACCGGGUGUGUGGUGGUAAUGGUAAUGGUGGUGGUGGUGGUGGUGGUGGUGGUGGUGGUACGGAGGGAGCAGCAGCAGCGGCGGCGGCGGCGGCAGACUUCUCCUUAUUCAAAGGCUACAUCCGGAAGAAGGUGGAGCAGGCCGACGCUGACCUGUCGGUGCCACCGUACGACUCCUUCCAGACGUACGCCUUCGAGGGCAGCAGUUCACCAGCGCUUUCACUAAGCUCCAUCCACACGCUGUCCACCACCUCGGAGCAGGAUUUCUCCUACCUCAGCGACUGGGGGCCACGUUUCAGGCAACUGGCGGGCUACUACGCUCCAGGAAACCCUGAGGAGGAAGGGUCCUAGCACAGCUUCUCCUCUGCAGAGACAUUUAAACUCCUUCUUCUUCCUCCUCCUUCUUCUCUGCCUCCUCUUCUCACCCUCUGGCACUCAGAGCCAGCACUGUGUACUCCUUAAAGACAGAGCACCACCGCUUUUAUCUCUUUGAAAGAAAAAAUCCCAGUGUCAAACUUUGAACUCUAGUUUUUUUUUACACUUCGUUUUUUGUGAGAUUUUUUGGAUUUCGGACUUCACCAAAAUUGCCAUUUAGUCUGAAGGGAGGAUUUUUCUCUCUCCCAAAUCAUAACCCUUUAUUUUAAAGCUGUGAGACUGUUUACAGAGCAUCAACAUUACUUAGGUAGGGUUAAACUAUGCCAAGGCAAACGGUCUGACAAACAGAUAUUUAUUUAAGGAGGAAAUAUUUAUGUAUUUAUUUGUUUUUAUGUAUUUAUUUAUUUAUUUACACCAUGAUCACUAUGGUAACUGCAACAGUGAACUCUGCUGAAGUGCUAAAAAAAAGUGAGGGGAGGAGGACAUUAUGAAAAGAUUGAGAGACAACAUGGAAGAAAGAAAGAUGGACUGCAGUGGCAGAUGUCUCUACAGAAUACUGGCAAAGAGGGUGACAUCUGGGUCAUAUAAAAAUUGCAUUCUGGAAAAUAUUUGUAUUUAUUUUCUAUGUCCACUUUUGUAAAAUAACCAACUUAAGACGUGUAGAAAGAGGGAACAGAUGGAGUGAAAGAACUGCAGAAGAAAAGAGCUGCGAGUUCAGUCUGAACGGUUGAGACUGACAUACUUUUGCUGUAUUUUAGUGAUUUAUAAAAGGGUUUUUUGGAGGUUACAAACUGAGGACAAUUGUGCGUUAACAAUUUCUUUUCUUAUCCUCUCCACAGCCAAUUGUAAGGCAAUAAGGCACAAACCGAAACAGUGAUUUAACUCUAAACAAAAUGACUGUUUCAUGGAAUUGGCUGGUUGCCAGCAUUGUCCCACAGGGAGCCAAUUUUCAUUCCAGAUUUGUUUUUGUGUGUGUGUGAGAGUGUGUACAAUAUGUUCAAUUCAUUUUCUAUCCGUUUAAUUUCGCUUUUGAUAUUUUAUUUCCUUUGGUGACGGGAGGGAGGGGGGCGGGGAACUAGUGACAACAGGAUGUCUAAUUAAGAGGGAGAGGUUUAAGGGUAACACAUCACAAAUGGACUGGUCACAUCCACCUGAUAUCCACAACCUGUUCAAUGUUGACCUUAACUUGCAAAUGUAUUGAAAAUUACAAAAAAAAAAGAUGACAAGAAAUAAAUAUUUAAUUUUUUUGGUAAAAA